UCAGCACCGGGACACGUGGCUCUCUCAGGCUGCAAAGCAGGAACCUCCUACCCGGUAUGCAAUACAGACAGCUUCAUCUUGUCCUUUGAAGGACCUCAGUCACUCCCAUUUCACAGAUUCACAGAUGGGAAAAUCCAGGCAUGCUCCCGUGUGGGCCUCCCCACCCACUGGAGCCACUCCUGCACCCACCGCCCACAGUCCAUGUGACUCAGCUGCCGCAAGUUGAGGCUUGGUGGGCCCAACAGGCGGACAUUGCUCAGACCCGGGAAAAGAGCUGCUGGGCAGGGCAUGGGCUCUGGGCCUGCUUCCCGGCUGCUGACCCUCCAGCGACACUUGGACCACCCUGAGCGCAGUGGCAUGGAGCCAAUGAGCAGUCCACUGACCACACAUGUGCUGGACACCACCUCGGGCCUUCCUGCUCAGGGCCUCUGCCUCCGUUUGUCCCGGCUGGAGGACCUGGGCGAGCAGUGGAUGGAGCUGAAGAAAAGCUACACAGAUCCAGACGGCCGCUGUCCUGGCCUCCUGAAGCCAGGCCAGAUGAAGGCAGGCACCUACAAGCUGUCGUUUGACACUGAGGACUACUGGAAGAAGAGGGGGCAGGAGAGCUUCUACCCAUAUGUGGAGAUUGUCUUCACCAUCACAAAUGAGACCCAAAAGUUCCACGUGCCUCUGCUGUUGAGCCCAUGGUCCUACACCACCUACCGAGGGAGCUAGAGCUAAGUAUGGCUCAGGGAGGUGGUCUGACCCAACCAACUUCCACAGAGGGCUAGUGACCAUCAUGGGGGACUGGGAUCACCUGCUUGCUGGGGAAGACUCUGUCCCCCUCAAGUUUCCCUUGGGUGUCAAUAAAUUCUAUGUUGCCAUCUACAAAGCCACCCCACUCAUUGUGUCAGAAGUAACGCAGGGGGGUAGUGCUAUGUUGGCCUCAGCCAGUGCACAGGUGAAUGAAGGGCCCUCCAAGCACUGCUGACUGUGGGUGGAGGCAGAAGUGGAGUGGAGACCAUGGGCACCAGGGAAGGAAAACAACUGGGACAUGGCGGGCUGAAGCCAUGCAGAGCCAGGCAAGAAGACAAGGCCAUGUGGAAAAUCUUCAUUGGCUGCUGAAAAUCCAGACAGAAGCUACCUGUCACAGCGGA